AUGGCUGGCCUUAGAAACUCCAGUAACAGUGACAAUGCGCAGAAGGAAAGCCAGGUCGGUAUACCAUCUGCCUACAGAGGAGUCAGGAAGAGAAAAUGGGGGAAAUGGGUGUCUGAAAUCCGUGAACCGGGGACCAAGAACCGUAUCUGGCUAGGGAGUUUCGAGACUCCUGAAAUGGCUGCAACCGCCUACGACGUUGCAGCAUUCUAUUUCAGGGGACGAGAGGCCCGUCUCAACUUUCCUGAGCUCGCCAGCAGCUUGCCACGUCCUGUAGACUCUACCUCGGACAGCAUUCGUACGGCAGCUCAUGAAGCAGUACUCUGCCUCAGAACCGAACCAGUAGAGUCAGCCAUGCAAGUGGACAGCACAAGCUCCUCCACAGUAGGUCCAUCGAUGGUCAGGCUCUCGCCCAGAGAAAUUCAAGCGAUCAAUGAGUCGACUUUGGGAUCUCCUAGCAUGAUGAUGCAUUCAACUGAUGACUCUAUGUGGUUUGCUAAUGAUGUGGAGAUGAAUGUUUGGGAUACAUACCAGACUCAGACUGACUAUCUUUGGGACCCUUAA